UUCAGUACCCGGUUGACAGCCGGUGAGGCGGCGGCGUCACGUGAAGUUCUAGCUUUUAUUACGCGCACGCCGCCUCUGCGCGAUUUUCUAUGCAUUGUAAAUAUUUUUUGUAUACACGCCUUUUGUUAUAAAUAUUAAAUUUCACAGUGGUUUCGGAACUGUAGUCGUAUACAUUUCAAACUAGGCUCAAAUUGUGCUACUGCAAUGGAUAUGUAGCUUUGAUAUCUGUAUAACAAUAAAUAGUAUUGGACCGAAUGUGUACCGCGUAUUAAAACAAUCAUGAAUGAGUGUAUGAAUAUAGCUUAGUGAACUUGUGAACUUUAUGAUAAUUUGUACCUAGUAGCUACCGAUCCAUAGCUAGUGUAUAGAUGUUAAUUCUUAUUUACGUUCGUGAAGACAUCUGACAAUUGCAAAUGGAUAACCAAGAGUGAUUCAUUUACUACCUACAUACUACAUAAUGCUAAGUCCUUAAAUCACCAGAUUUCUGAUUCCACAAUGUCAAGUCUGGUGAUUAACAAGUCCACAAUGGCGGAUCGUGAUCGUCCUACAAAAAACCCCAUUAGGGUGGGAUUUUACGACAUCGAGAGGACCAUUGGCAAAGGGAAUUUUGCCGUCGUUAAGUUAGCACGACAUCGAAUUACGAAGACUGAGGUAGCAAUUAAGAUAAUAGAUAAAUCGCAAUUAGAUGCCAGUAAUCUUCAAAAGGUGUACAGAGAAGUGGACAUCAUGAAGAGGCUGGACCAUCCUCAUAUAAUUAAGCUUUAUCAGGUCAUGGAGACGAAAAACAUGAUCUACAUUGUAUCAGAAUAUGCAAGUAAAGGAGAAAUUUUUGAUUACAUAGCAAAGUAUGGCCGGAUGGCAGAGCAGGCAGCGCGAAGAAAGUUCUGGCAAAUUCUCUCUGCAGUAGAAUACUGUCACGAUAGGAGAAUAGUGCACAGGGACUUGAAGGCGGAGAACUUGUUAUUGGACGCUAAUAUGAACAUCAAGAUCGCAGACUUCGGCUUCAGUAACUACUACGCGACGGGGGAACUCCUCGCGACCUGGUGUGGCUCCCCACCCUACGCCGCCCCUGAGGUUUUCGAAGGCAAGCGGUACACCGGCCCCGAAAUUGACAUAUGGAGUCUUGGUGUAGUACUGUAUGUGCUCGUUUGUGGCGCAUUACCUUUCGAUGGUUCCACGCUUCAGUCAUUAAGGGAUCGUGUGCUAUCAGGAAGAUUUAGGAUACCCUACUUUAUGAGUGAAGAAUGUGAAUCCUUAAUUCGGAAGAUGCUAGUUUUGGAACCAAUGAAGAGGUAUACGAUUGAACAAAUUAAGAAGCAUCGGUGGAUGGCAGCGGAGCCCUAUGUGGUAUCGUGUGCGACUGCAGACCCGGCUCGGAGCCCAGCGCAUACGCCGGCUCACCACGAACCAAACGAACAAGUGCUAAGGCUUAUGCAGAGCUUAGGCAUUGAUCCAGUUAAAACUAAAGAGAGCCUACGGUCGAACAGCUACGACCACCAUGCAGCUAUAUAUUUGCUCCUGUUGGAACGCUUGAGGGCAAGAGCGGCAGGCGGAAGUACCGUGAGUACUGCGGAGACGCGGAACCGGCCAUCUCGGCGUCCCUCGUCAGUUGCUGAUCAAGCGCUUGCUAGGGAAGUCCAUGAAAAUAGACGGGAUCAUCAUACUAGAUUACUUCAUUCUGGUGAUUCUCAAUCAAGGGAGUAUAGUAGGGCGACUCCUACAAUCAGCGCUGCAUCAACCGACACCUCGUCUGCUGAAACGCAGCGAUUGCUGUCUCUUGCCGGUGUCAAUAUGACUGAACAAAGACUGCUCCAGCGAAAUUCCGAUCCUGCGGACACGCAUAGGAGCUUUCUAGUCGGAAACCUUGACGUUUCAUCUGGAAGGAAUCAUGAAGCAGAAUCAACUAGGCUACUCUCUAUGAGGAAUAUUGAUGUAUCACAAUCUAAUCAAAGACUAGGCACAAAAUUAAAUGAAAACGCCGUCCCAACUCAUAGACUACUUACAUCAACAUAUGAACAACAACAAAAUAUACUGAAACAAUCCAGUGAAGAUUGCCGGAGACUGCUCCAGCAAUCAACAACAGUAGGAUCGGAAACUAGUAAAGGCACAGGAGACACUACUAGGUUAUUGACAUCGUCUAGUUUCGAUUCAAAAUGUGCUAUCGAUGGAGGAAGAAGUUCUUCGACGACAGAGCAUAAUGUUAUUGCAAAUUUUCUUCAAAAUUCUGCAUCUGCAACCAAUUUUAAUCUGGAGUCCGUAAAAUUGCCGAGUUCUACAACAUUUACAAUGUGUUCUGAAGCCGCAAAACUAAUGAAUACAUUACAACAGUCACCUUUACCAUUAAAAGGCACCGUAAAUUUAAGUACUAGUCCAAUACCAACCCAACUAACAGACACGAAGCUUAGUAGUGUCCUAGAGCAACCAAAACCAUUAGAGUCUAGUCGAUUGGUUUCUCAGGCACAACAGCAAGAUUUAAAUCGGCUACAAACCAGUACCCCGCCAUUCAAAGAUUACGUGAAUCAUCAUUCUCCAGUUUUUAGUUCUUAUUUACAAAAUACAGUGUUGCCGCCAAUUUCUAAUACAGCUGAAACAAAUUUUUCCUCAACAUCAACAACUACAGGGGAUUUAUUUCCAAAUGCACUGUACAGGCCGGACAGUAAAUUUUCCUUAAAUAGGUAUACUACUGGUCAGACUUAUACCCAAGGACUACAAGGUACUACAACUGAAGCGACUAAGUUUCAACAACAGUAUUCAUCAUCAACAGAUGAAGGUUGUGAAACAGACAUGGAAGAUGUUGCAAAUGUUCCAAGUGGUGUUCAAAACAGGCUAAGCUCUUAUGCAAGCUCGAGUUCGAGUAGUGGUGUUGUCACUUUUUUUAAUAACAAAAGCCUCAGUCAGAACCUCAGCUGCGAUUCAUCGCAAAGCAAUUUUUCAGCAUUUGAGAGCCUGGAUUAUCAGUUAUCGGAUUGUUCUAGUGAGUUGGCUAGUAGUUUGCCUAGUUGUACAUCAAAUGAUGAUAAGUUGGCCUAUGAGACUAGUUCCUUAGUGAAUACUAGUCCAAUGCAUCCAUGUGUCUAUAUAUCAUCAUACAAUAAUAAAACAACAGGCACAGGAUUUAUUGCACGACACAAUCCUUUAAAUUAUCAGUCGGCUGCUAAAAACUGUGCUCGAGCAAUUACCAGGAGUCCUGUGGACUUCAGGGAAGGUCGUCGGGCAAGUGAUGGCCUUGUAGCACAACAAGUGGCGCAAUCUAACGAAUCACAAAAAAAUACGUUGGCGUUUAAUAGUCAACGAUUAAAUGAAAAUUGCAAAGCCAAAGGCGUUCUAGAAUUACACUUGGUGCAAAAAGAAGCGCAGAAACUUAAAACUCAAUAUCAAUCUACAAUUCCUGCCGAAGAAAUGACACAGCGACAAUUGCAACACAAUCAGUUUGCAGCAAGCUUUACUCCACAUUAUUUAGAUUCUAAAAAUCCACCCACGAAACGUAUUAGUCUUCCAGAAACAUUCAAUUAUUCAAGCACAUCACCACCGAUGCCAGCUAGUCCUAAAAUGGUUGCACAGUUGCAAGAAUCACAAGAAUUACAGCAUAGCACUUCUGUGCCAUCUCAAGUUAAUAAACCUCCGCUUCAGCAGCAAUUGAUGCAACAUAGACUGUUUCAACAAAAACGGCAAUUACUGCAAAAACAAAUGACACCUCCUAACAUACCUGCUCAUGAAAUUGGUACAUUGCAUUCAUUACAAGUCGGACUCAGUCGACGGCAAAUGCUUCGACAACAGAGUUACAAAAUAGCUCAGCAGCAACAAAUUCUACCUCCAUUACCGCUUACAGAAACAGAGAACAGAGAUUUACUCGCAUUUCAGGCAAUAGUAGAAGGGCCGAAUCGUGCAGCGAAGCCAAAACCAGAAGAAAAUCAAGAUGUUUCGAAGUUUGCAUAUCAAGGCUCAAUGGAAAUAAGCAUAAUGAAUAAAGAUAAAUUAGGCAAUGAAAAUUGGUCAAAUUUACCGUCCAACCUACAAAGUGCGUGCCAGAUCUCCGAACUUGCAGGACACCGGGAAGGAAAGGAGACCCGUGAUGGGGAUACAGAAGCGGCGAGUCAUGCAGCUGUAGACGCGCCUCUGUGGCCGGCCCAGUGGAACCCUGGUCUCUUCCAGCCUCAACCAUGUUAUCAGGUAUUCCAACAGAUCAACUAAGUAGAUCUACACGUUAAGCGUAGAGAAGUAGAUGUAGUAGUGUCAAUUGUAUGCACGCAGCGUAAGAUCGUGAAAUAGCUUUAAAAAUUUUGGUCGUUACGUCCUCAGAAGCAUAAUAUAUUAUCAAUGAUUGGUCUCAUUAAAUUUUGUACUCGUAAUUGUAAGGCAUUGUACUAGGUGAGCAUAAAGUAGAUGAUUCGUACUUUUCGCUAUCUUGAAAUUAGUGCAUGACAAUAAAUUAAAGUUUUUAAACUGUAUACCAACGACACCUUUAUAUUGCAAAUAUAUUCAUUACUUAUUACAAUAUGAUAAUAUAAUCACAUUUUUAUAAAGGGCAUAAAAUAGAAAAUCUCCAAAUUUCACUUCAAAUAACAAUAAUAAAUAUAGCUAGUAAUUAGAAGGACUUUCGCAUAUAUUAAAAUGUAUCAAUACUAAGUUAUAUAGGUACUAAUUGUAAUUUGCACUACCAAAUCAAUUACUCAAAAUAUUUUUAGAACAUUCAUUCCUAAUAUUAAGAACGUAUAGUAAAAUUGCAUCUUUAUUAUACAUACUAUUCCAUUUGUUAGAUUAAACUUGCCAAUGUAUUAUUUAUAAUUAAAAUAUUAUAAUAAUUUAUGGUGCAUUUUACACGAACUGCAAACAUCACUUAAUAAUGUUCCUAUGUAAUUGUAUUAAUCUAAUCCAUGAUACUUACAUUAAUUUUAUUUAACUUGGGUAUCUAUUU